AUGCAGUACGUUGGAAAAGUUGGCGGAUAUGUAUACAACCAGUGGAACUCACUCAACCCUGCAACCUUAUCUGGCGCAAUAGACGUGAUUGUUAUUGAACAUCCUGAUGGUACACUCCAUACUUCCCCAUGGCACGUUCGAUUUGGUGUAUUUCAAAUCUCGAAACCGUCGCAAAAGAAAAUUGACUUGUACGUGAAUGAUGUAAAGACAAAUUUACCAAUGAAGUUAGGUGAAGGUGGAGAGGCACAUUUUGUUUUUGAAGCAGAUGAUAGUGACCAUUUGUUGUCGCAAAGCGUCUUGACAUCACCAGUGCUUUCACCUGUAUCAUCACCAGGUAGUUCUCCGGCAGGCAGUGAUCAGGAGCCGGAUGAACUUGAUCUUAACGAGAAGAUUAAAUUGAGUGAUUUACCAAGCCCAGCAAGACCGCAGAGUCCGUCGCAGAAAGCUAGAUUAGUUAUGGAGAAUGCUAGAAAGUUGACCAAAAAAUUGAAUAUCCCAACAAAAUUAGAUGUUAAUGGAGAUAUGUUGAUCGAUAUGGAUGGAUACAAAGCCAACUCACAGAAGAAUAUAGACAAUUCUGGCGAACUAUUUAAAAAAAUUUUUAUGCAAGAAGUUGAUGGCGAAAAUACCACAAAUGAUGGUGCAAUGAAAGCAUGGGAUCAGUUGAUUACAAAGGACGAAAAUGGGAAUAUCAGAAUUUCAAAUGUUACUGAUCCAGAUACAGGCAGUACUGAAGAGGCACAAAUCCCUGCUGCAGUUGAAAGCCCAAGUGGUUCAAGUGGUCUUAGUGGACCUGGGGAAAUUGGGGACUCCGGGGAAGCUGGCGAAGCUGGUGAAGCUGGUGGACUUGGUGGACUUGGUGGACCUGGUGGACCUGGUGGACCAAGUAGUCCAACUACAGCUACCACUCUAAGUACUGUGUUAACCACUUCGUCUUCAUCUACUCAAGACUCUUCCAUGAAAAGCGACAAGAUUUAUUUCAAGACAUUGAGGCUUACGUCUGAUCAAUUAUCAAAGAUGAAUUUGCAUUAUGGUGAGAACUCCAUAAAAUUCAAAUCGAGAGAAGGCAAUUCGCAAGUAUCUGCAAAUUUGUUCCUUUGGAAAUCGACAACGCCAAUUGUUAUUUCCGAUAUAGAUGGUACAAUCACUAAGUCGGAUGCAUUAGGCCAUGUACUAAAUCUUAUUGGAAGAGACUGGACUCAUCCGGGUGUCGCAAGUCUUUUCCAAGAAAUUAAACAAAACGGGUAUCACAUUGUUUAUUUAACAGCUAGGUCAUUGGGACAAUCCGAUUCAACACGACAAUAUUUACAAGGCGUUAGCCAAGAUGGCAUUAAGCUACCGUCUGGACCGGUUAUUCUCAGUCCCGAUCGUACAUUUGCUGCUCUCAAAAGAGAAGUCGUAUUGAAGAAACCCGAGGUUUUCAAGAUGGCUUGUUUAUCGGAUAUUAGAAAUUUGUAUUUUGAAAACACUGAAAAUGAUGCCGAUACAGAUGACGAAGAUAAUAGGCAGACUCCUUUCUAUGCCGGAUUUGGAAAUAGAAUUACUGAUGCUAUUAGUUAUAGAUCUGUUCAUAUCCCAAGUCAUCGAAUUUUCACUAUUAAUCCCAAUGGCGAAGUGCAUAUGGAGCUUUUAGAAUUGGCGGGUUACAAAUCAUCCUACCUUCACAUUGGUGAAUUAGUCGAUCAUUUUUUUCCACCAAUUAAAGAGGUUAGUUCGAUAUCUAAUUAUUGGAAUAACGCACAAUGGUCAGAAUAUAUGCAGAAUCACGAUACUGCGAAUUACGGAGAUGCAAGGUCCAUCAGAUCAGGAUAUCUGCCAGGACCAGGAUCACCAGGAUCACCCGGAUCGCCAAGAUCACCAGGGUCUCCAAGAAGUUUUAUGGAAGAAUACAAGACCGAUGAGAGAUACAAUGAUGUUAAUUAUUGGAAAACUCCACUUGAUUUUGAUGAUUUAAGUGCAAGUGAAUUGGAGGAUAGCGACGAGGAGCUUGACAAACAGAAGAAUAAAAACUUCAAGAAGAAUGAAAAACUUUCCAAGCUUUCACAUAACAAGAAUGACAAUACCACGGCGCACAAGGAUAACCCAGACUUGCUUCAAAAAGUAGUUACAAACUCAUCAAGUACUUCUUCGGAACGGCCUUCCUCAUCAUCAACUUUUGCAUCACCGUUGAAAAAUUUUAUGAAGUUUGGCAAGAGAAGGCAAGAAAAAGAUAAUGAAGAAAACAACAAAACUGGUAAUAAUCACAAUACUGGCAAUAGCAAUACCAAGAAUGGUGACGACGACGACGACGACGACGACGACGAAGACGAGUAUCUUGAAGAUGCCACCAAUAUCGAUGAGGAGGAUUUCACGGAAGAUGAUGAAGAUUAUGAUACCGAUGAAGAUUACGAUGAAGAUGAUUACGACGAGGAUGAAGAUGCAGACUAUGUAGACGACGAAGAGGAGUAUGAAGACGAAGACGAAGAUGAAGAUGAGGACGAAGAUGAGGGAGAAAGUAGCUUUGAUGAUGGCGAUGAAGGUGAAGACAAGAAUAAUAUUUUAGACAGAAAGGUCGAGGAUUCCGGUGGUAAUGCGGAAGUAACUGGCAGCAAAAGUGAAAGUAAUCAGUCUACACGAGGCAGCAACAGCAACCGCACAGCCAAUAAUGAUAAAAUUGAGAAUAUUCGUCCAAAUACACUGAAAUUGCACGAUUUAGAGAAGAACAACAAAGCGCUGGAAAAGCUGAACUCAUUCACAGCUUUGGGCGAUAGAGUUGCCGAUGCCGCUGCAGCCGCUGAAGCUAUUUAUGAGAAACAGGAUAAGACAGCUAAAGAAGAGCAAGGGGUUACAAACAAAAUAGAAGGGUUGCAGAUUUAA